CCUCGGUUUAGCAUAUUGAAUGUCAUCAGAUUUUGAAUGGACCUUGGGCACUGUAGCCUACUCAGCGGCCUAUGAAAUCCAGUAAAAACGGUUUCACUUAUUGCUUUUAGAGCUGAGAAUUACUGGUGAUAAAACAUUUAGUUAGCCCGACUAUGUCCACUCAUGUGACAAACGCAAUAAACCCAUGUGGUGAAGAGGUUGAUGACGCUCUUUCUCGAAGUAAUUGUCCAAUCUCGGAUAUAGUUUCAUCAAGCCGUAUUCCAACGACACGAACAACACAGGCAACCUCACGAUCCCUCUGCAUUAAAAUAUGCCAAAGUAACACGCUGGUUUAAAGAGAGAACACAUCGAAUUCGGGUUAGUGCACUCGUGAUUGGAUGUACAACCGCGAAAGGGAAAGUGACACAGCACUGGAAACUUCACGUUUGGAUGAUUGAAGAUAGAAGUUGGAAAAAUGACUCUUGCUGAAGACAACAAUUGUUGCGUAUCAAUCUGUCAGUGUUUUUUUGAUUAUUCGACAGCGAAAAUAUUGGUAAUACGAAGUAAGAAAGUCGGAGCAAUUAAUCGCCUUAUCCAGGCUUUAGUAUUUGCCUACAUAAUCGGGUAUGUCUGCGUAUUGAAGAAGGGUUACCAAGAUACAGACUCCAUUCUCAGUUCAGUCACCACGAAGGUAAAGGGAAUUGCUCUGACAAACACGUCUGACCUUGGCCUCCGGGUUUGGGACGUUGCGGACUACAUAAUUCCGCCACAGGUACCAAGAUAUAAGGAAGAUGAGGAGGAGAGCUCAUUCUUUGUGCUGACGAACCUGAUUGUGACCCAGAACCAAACCCAGACCCAGUGUGCAGAGAUCCCAAGCGUUGCGUCUGUCUGCUCCUCGGACAAAGACUGCAAAGCUGGAUUUAGAGGUCCGCGAAGCAAUGGUGUGCAGACAGGUAAAUGUGUGAACUUCAAUCACACAGUUAAAACAUGUGAGGUUUUCGCCUGGUGCCCCUUGGAAAGAGACAAUGAACCACCCAGUCCUCCAAUGUUGGCAGAUGCAGAGAACUUCACAGUGCUGGUGAAGAAUAACAUCCGAUUUCCAAAGUUCACAUUUAACAAAAGGAACAUCCUUCCACAUAUAAAUAGCUCCUACCUGCAGCACUGCAUCUUUAACCGCACUACCGACCCAGAAUGCCCGAUCUUCAGGCUCAAAGACAUCGUGAAGGAGGCAGACGAGGACUUCCAGACCAUGGCCAUUCAUGGCGGGGUGAUGGGGGUGCAGAUCAGAUGGGACUGCAAUCUGGACAUGCCCUACAGCUGGUGUGUGCCACGCUACACCUUCCGCCGGCUCGACAACAAGGACCCAGAAAACACCGUUUCCCCGGGAUACAAUUUCAGGUUUGCCAAGUAUUAUAAAGAUAGUGACAAUAAGGAAACCAGAACCUUAAUCAAGGGAUAUGGAAUUCGCUUUGACGUUAUGGUAUUUGGACAGGCUGGCAAAUUUAACAUCGUUCCAACACUGCUCAACAUAGGGGCUGGGUUGGCCCUCCUCGGCUUGGUCACGCUUAUUUGUGACUGGAUCGUCUUGACCUUUAUGACCAAGAGGCAUCAUUACCGAGAGCAGAAGUACACGUAUGUGGACGACUUUGGGCUGCUUCCUGAAGAAUAAGUGUGUCCAAUGGAACAGAUUCCUUCAUUAAUGCCCACUGUCAAUACCUCACAGUUUCAAAUAUUAAAUUGGUAUUAAAU